AUGGUUAGGAGCAGAAUCUCUUUCUGUUUGCUAUGUAUGUUGCUACUUCUCUCCAAGUUUUGCGAUGCAAACAAUAACACAGAGCAAAGUCAACAGGGUAAUACUACAACGGGAGAUGGGCUACAGAGUAAUGGACAUGACCAGGAAGAAGGCAGCGGAGUAGAAGUGCAGCAAGACAAUUUCAACAAGAAUGGUGAGAUUAAGGAUGAGACAAAGGACGAUGGAUCGAAAGUCGAAGUUGACGAGAGUGUUGAAGUUCAAAAGGAAGAGGUCAAAAGCCCUGAGAAUGAAGAGCAGAACAAGGAAGAAGAUGAGGCGCAGAAGGAAGACGUCGCUCCUGAGAACGAGGACAAAGAAGGAGUCGAAGUUCAGAAGGAAGAAGUCAUCCCUGAGAAAGAGAACAAGGAAAAUGGAGCCGACGGCGUCAAAACUCCCGAGAACGAAGAUAAGGCCAAGGAAGAUGGAACCGAAGUCCAAAAGGGGGAGGCCAGCCCCCCUGAGAACGGGAGCAAAGAAGAUGGGGCAAAAGUUCAGGAGGAGGGAAGCUCACCUGAAAGUCUGUUUGAACCUGAAAACGAGGACAAAAUUGAUGGAGCCAAUGUUCAAAAUGAAGACGCCGAAAGCCUUGCGAACGAGAACAAAGAAAAAGAAGAUGAAGUUCAACAGGAAGACGUCCAAAGUCCCGAGGACGAGGGUCAAAUAAAAGAGGAUGGAUCUGAAGUUCAAGGUGAAGAUGCCGGAGGCCCAGAAAGUGGCAGCACAGACACAACGUUUCUUCAAUCUACUAUGACUGAACCUUCUUUGAAUGGGAGUUUUAAUAACCAAACAAGUUUUCCGCCAAGCAAUGAUACUUCGGAUCCAACAAGUGAUGCGCCCCCAGAACCGUCAGAUUCGUCAUCAGUGACGCUAAUUGAUUCUACAGAGCCAAAUGAAUCGUCAACCGAAACAACAGGACAGCAGGUCGGAACAUCAACCCAGGAAACCAAAUCAAGUGCACAAACAACAACAACAACAGUUGCAGCAAGUACAGAAAGUAGUGGCAAUCUCGUUCUAAUUGUUGUCAUCAUCUUUUUGGUUCUCCUGCUGAUUGCUAUUUUCGUCUGCUGUUGCAUGCUGAGGAAAAAAAAUCCGGAAGAUGAUAAAGAUUUGGAGAUGCAGGAUCUAGCGUCAGAUGGUGGUUCGUCUAAAACAGAAGGAUCUGAGCUUGGCAAAAAAAUAAAAGCCGCUGAAAGUGAGGUGAAGACAGAGGACAAGGAAGAAGAUGAAAUGGAAACGGCGCUUGGACCAGGAACAGGAACCGAACUCUUCUCUUAUUCUCCCGGAUCUGAUGACACGGCAAUUUCAGUAAAGGAAAAAACAGCGGUUGAAGUAAGCAAACGUUUGGGAAGUGGGUCUGCUGCUGGUGGAAGGGGUAGUAUGAAAACAGCUGUUCUUAGAGAUGAAUUGGAAGAUGAUGAGGCAGGGUUUGAAAAUGCAAAGACAGCUGUGCCUGGAGAGGGAAGUGGAGCUACAAAAACUGCAGCCGCACCAGAUGCCAAAGAAUCGUCCGUAGAGGACAAAGAAGGAAGAGGAGGAGGGGCAAAGACAGCAAUUAGUGGUGAUGAUACAACUGGAGAGGCAAAAACUGAUGAAAAGAAGGAAAAUGAAGAGGAGAAGAAAGAAGGAAAGGAAGAAGCAGCUGAGGGAGAGGAAGGCUCAGAGGAAUAA